AUGGCAUGGCGCAAAUGUUCCUGCAAUUUGUCCUGGUGGUGCAGUACUGAUGAGUCUAAACGAAAGACGCUGGAACGUUGCAAAGCGAAGCACGUCGAUGAAGCCAAGCUCGUGUUGCCUGAGACACCGGCCAAGCUUAGCAACGCACUCUUCCUCAUAUUGUCGCAUGCCGACAACCAUGGCGUGCAUAACCCACUUCUCCAAGAAUUAAAAGGUAUGGGCGCUAACAAAGUCCAUGUUAUUUAUGGAUAUCGAUAUGGCACUGACGAGCACAUGGGCAAGAAGCUGCAGCCCAAUGAGAUCGUGCAUUACUCUGUACGGACGGCUUGCGUCAAGCUUUUGCAGCUACGUGCGCUGGUACCCAAUACAGACAUUUCGACCUGA